CCAGUGGUUUUUGACGCAAGGGCGGGAGAUACACUAAUACGUCACACGUAGUUAGCGGUUUUGCACUUUCGAAAGAAAGAUUUAACAUUGACUUGUUAGUGCCGAUCUUAUUUUUUUUAACUCGUCUUUGCCGUACUUGGAUUUAUUACAGCAAGCGUGUGCAUUAUUUUCCCAAAGACCCAAGCCUCAGAAGAUAGUGGGUAAACUUUGUGCAAACGAAGAGAGCAAAUUUUUCCAAACCCGGUCAACACUGUCACAUGCAGUAAACAUUUCACCUGAACAUGGACACGCUUCGACAAGCUUAGCGCCCUCCACACACAAAGGACCAAAACGGCAAAGAGCUUUUGUUAAAAGACAAGUUGUGGAGGAAGCAUCUUCUGCACAUGAGGUUGACAUCGAACCAGCAGAUGCUGAAUCUCCAUCUUUGGUCCAUUCAAAGUUGCCAGACUGAAGUGCCUAUUCAUGACGGAACACAUAUUUCCGACAGCAGAGAGAAUACUGCAAUAUGUAUUUCAACCUCAGGUGUUCUCAAAGCACUCUUCUUGAAGACCAAAUUAUUCUGUGUUAAUGUUAUGUAACAUAUUUAUACAAAAUAUAAGCAUACAGUUCUAUAAAAAUGCUACGAUUCUUCCUCUGUGGGGUAUGUUUACUUCAUAUACAAACAUAUACAUCAACAUUUACACAAAGAAAAACAAAAUUAGUAAUUAAGCCAUUUAAAUCCUGUGUACUCUUGGCCCUGUGAAUCAGGUAAGGUGUCAUGAAUCUUUGACGGACAGCAGGAUGGAAGUGGCACGCGGUUAUUUCUGCCAAAAAUUUCCCAACACCAUCUCACAAGCUGUUUAUAAGCAGUAUGUCGCAUUAACCUGAUAAUAUGAUCAUUUUCCAGAAUGGGACUUUUUGUUUGAACAAGCAAUGAUUGGACAAAUGCUGGUUUUAUAAGGGUGACACAGAGGAGCAGCUGUAAAGCGUUGGACUCACAAUUAUGAGGACUCUGGUUCAAUCCCAUCCCACCUGUGUGGGGUUCGCAUGUUCUCCCCGUGGAUGCAUGCGUUUUCUUCGGGAUGUACAGUUGGGAUCUCCACUUCCUUCUUUUUGAUGACAGCUGGGAUAGGCUCCAGCACUCCUGUGACCCUUGUGAGGAUAAGCAACAAAGAAAAAGGAUGGAUGAAUGUAAAUUGCUAAAAGAUGGGCUGAUUAGGAGAAAUAGUUUUUUUAAAAAAUAGCUCUUACUCGUGUUGUGGAAAAUUCAGUCGCUGCUGCUGAUACUGUUCCUGGAAUUAACGCAAUGCCGAGUGUGAAGUACCAUAGAGGGGAUAUGGUGAUGGGCCGCUGGCCUGGCAGCAACCUGUACUAUGAAGUUAAGGUGAUGGGCUUUGAAACCAAAAGUCAGCUGUACACUGUCAUCUACAAGGAUGGAACUGAGCUUGAGCUCAAGGAGCAGGACAUCAAGAAUUCUUAUGGGUUCCAGCCACGCUCCCGUUCUCGUUCCCGAUCACCGGGCCGGCGUCGCAGCCGCUCCCGCUCCCCAGCAAGAAACACACGGCGCUCUUCCUCACGUGUGGCAGCUGCAGUUGCUGCUGCAGGAAUAACAGAGAGUGGACCGUUGUCACACAGAGAUUCAAAGUUGAAGGAAAUGGUUGAAGUCAGACUCAGUCCUCUGCAACCGACAACGGCUGCUGAGAACAAUAGCAACAGUAAACAUGAAAACAAAGAAAAGAAUAACACUGCAGCCAAAGUAAAUGAGUUGGAGCCAGAGCCUGAGAAGAACCAGAGUCGUUAUAAUCUCCGCCGCAGAAAGGAUGAUGGUGAAGGCAAACCUCAAAAUCUGAAGAUUACCAAUGUGGUAACAGCUCCUGCUGUGAUGGUCUCGAACCAACUUGACUUUGGGGGAAAGAUUGGGGCAUACUUCUGGCUGCUCUUCCUGCCAUCCUGGGUUCUUUUUGUGGUUCUUCAAGUAAAUUUGGAGGACCCCAGCUUAACUAACGUCCCGCCACCUCUACCCCCCAUUGAAGCUUUCUGGGAGCCUCAGGCUCUUGGUUUUGUUGUCCUGUGGAUCUUAUUCCAGGUCCUACUCUACAUCCUACCAGUGGGAAAGCUAAGUGAGGGCAUGCCACUUCGGUCUGGUGAGAAGCUGAGGUACAGAACCAAUGGUUUCUUUGCCAUUUUGACGAGUGCUGCAGUGGUUGCCGCAGCCGUCCAUCUAGGAGUUGACGUCACCUACAUCCAUAGCCAUUUCUUGCAACUUGCUGUGGCUACCUUCUUCAUCUCAGUCUUGCUAAGUGUCUACCUGUACAUCCGCUCCCGCUAUGCACCCCCAGACCAGCUGGCACUUGGGGGAAGCUCCGGAAAUGUGGUUUAUGACUUCUUUAAGGGACAUGAACUGAAUCCCCGCAUUAAAAAUUUUGAUUUGAAAUUCUUCUUUGAGAUGCGACCGGGACUAAUCGGCUGGUGCUUGAUCAACUUUGCAUUUGCACUGUCAGAGAUGAAGCAGCAGGGUUUGGACACACCAUCCCAUGCCAUGAUCCUCGUAAAUGUCUUCCAACUGAUCUAUGUAGUAGAUGGCCUCUGGAAUGAGGAGGCCAUUUUGACCACCAUGGACUUGAUGCACGAUGGCUUUGGCUUCAUGUUGGCUUUUGGAGACCUAGUGUGGGUGCCUUUUACCUAUACCCUCCAGGCCUAUUAUCUGGUCAGACACCCAAAUCCACUGAGCUUCUCAGCCGUUGCUGCCAUUGUCUUGCUCAAACUUACUGGCUUCUACAUCUUUAGGAAAUCCAACUCUGAGAAAAAUGCAUUCAGGAGAAACCCAUCAGACCCUAAACUGGCCUACCUGAAUACCAUUCCCACAGCAACAGGAAAGAGUUUGCUGGUGUCUGGUUGGUGGGGGGUCGUCCGUCACCCCAACUACUUGGGAGACCUCAUUAUGGCUUUGGCCUGGUCAAUACCCUGCGGCUUCAAUCAUCUGCUGCCAUGGUACUACAUGAUGUACUUCAUUAUCCUGCUGGUGCACCGGGACUCUCGGGACAUGUGCAAUUGCAGGAGGAAGUACGGCUCAGCCUGGGAUGAAUACUGCAGAACGGUUCGCUACCGGAUCAUUCCGUAUAUCUACUGAAGAGACUGGUGCCGGACGUUUGUGAGCUAAAGCCCAUUUUGACCCAGUAUUACAAUCACAAAAGCCCACACACACACACAUACAAUUUUUGUUGUCAUGAUUGUGUUGGCAUUUUAAAAACAAGAAUUCAAACGUCUUGUGUGUUUUAGUGCGUCUGUACAUUUCAAUGGACUUUUGUUGAGAUCAUGAAGAAUGAGAGAAAAUUUUAAAUUUAAUGCAAGAAUCAUGCCUCUGCAAGGAAAGUCUUGAUAGGAUGUGUAUAUGUGUAUAUAAACAUUUGUUUUUAUACGUAAGGGACAAAAACAUUUUUUUUUUUUUUUUUUGCUCCAAUUGUGAUUUUUUUUUUGGGGGGGGUGAUUGUAUAUGUGGCGGCACGGUGGCACAGGGAGAAAGCGUUUCCCUCACAGUUCUGAGGACCCGGUUUAAAUCCCAGCCCUCCCUGUGUGGAGUUUUCAUGUUCUCCCCGUGCCUGCAUGGGCUUUCUCCAAGCACUCCGGUUUCCUCCCAGAUCCCCAAAACAUGCAACAUUUGGAAACUCUAAAUUACCCCUAGGUGUGAUUUUGAGAGUGACUGUUGUCGGUCUCCAUGUGCCCUGCGAUUGGCUGGCAACCAGUUUAGGAUGUACCCUGCCUACUGCCCAUUAACCACAGGGCUAGCCUCCAGCACUCCGACCCUUGUGAGGAUAAGCAGCUAAGAAAAUGGAUGGAUGAUUGUAUAUAUAGUACUUUGUGAAGGAUGGGAUCAAAAUAAGAUUUAUUAUGCAACAACAUAUUUCUCAGGACCCACAAGUAUUUUUUCAGAAAUUUGCGAGAGUUUUCCUGUACAGUCUUGAAUUUUGUAUAGAUGCAUUGUGUUUGACAUGAGAGUUGUCUUUUUAAUUCCUUAUAUAAUGGAUUCCAUAGUGGAUUUGGUAUGAUUUAGAACCUUAUUGUGAUUUGCCCAACGUUGGAGGGGACCACCCACAUGAUGAACAAUUUUGUCAAGUUCAUGGUUUGACUUUCACACCUGCCAAAUGCUAAUGAGUUUUAGCAGUGACGGAUAGCGCCGCCACUUUACCUAGCCACUUUGGCAGGUUCUUUUUUGAAAUAUUGUCAGCAAUCUCCAGUCAUAAACACACACACAUCCAUCAAUUUUCUGAGCGGCUUCUCGUCAUCACAGGCGUGCUGGAGCCUAUCCCAGCUGUCAUCGGACACUAAAUUGCCCCUAGGUGUGAUUGAGAGUGAGGCCGUUUGUCUCUGUGCCCUGCGAUUGGCUGGCAACCAGUUCAGGUGACAGCUGGGAUAGGCUCCAGCACUCCUGCGACCCUUGUGAGGGUAAGCGGCUCAGAAAAUACAUGGAUGCAUCUAAGGUGACGAUAUUUGUCAAAAUGUUUGAUAUUGACCCGUCUGAUAAUUGGUCCAUCUGAACACCACAUUUUCCGAAAGGUUUAUGAAUGUCAAGCUCUGGUUCCAUUUCUUCUGCCAUCUUCUUAUUUUUGUGGCAUCCUUUUUAGCUUUUGGAACAGCCCCUGCAUCCCCUUGUAACGUAAUGAUUUAUUUCUCAUGUUUACACAUUAACGAUGUCAUUAAUGACAGUUUUAUACUGUGAUAACGUGCAGAUGUGUAAAUUGCAUUGUCAUUGUUUGCAAAGCUCUUGGUCACAACAGAAGUAGCAAUGUAUGAACUUGGAUUUGUAAAUAUUUUUGCUCCUUUAGUCUUCAUUUGGGGACAGAAUGUGUUUCUUUCUAGCUAUUUAAUGUUUUUUUUAUUGUAAUUUGUCUGAAUGUAGUUUUGUUUACAGAUAAGGUCUGCCAUAUUGUGUAUUAAUACAAAAACUAGUGUAGCCCAAAUAAAAGUUGACUGAUUUUUUUCCCCCCUUC